UUUACAGUUUCUUCAGUGCAGCCAAAGUGAAACACACAGAAAGCUACGGAGCUCACGAGGUAGCAUUAGCUCCUCUUAGAAGGUAGUUUGAAAACAGGUUUGGUGUUUUCGGUAAAUAUUUCCGUGUUUUCAGUGAAAAUGUCUUCAGUUCCGCCUCAGAGAGAGUUUAUCAACGAGCAGGUAACUCCUGCUGGAGAAACAUUCACAGAGUGGAAAGAAAUCAACGUUAAGAUGGAGGAAGAGAUGGAGGAUCAGCGCAGACUGAUGGAUUUUACCCGGAUACCGAGGAUCAUCUUACACCGGAUAGAUCUCCCACAAUGUUGUGUGUGUAAAGAGGAGGAGGUUCUCAAUGAAACAGAAUCACAGAGGAACCAACUCAUCUCUCAUGGCUCUGCAGAAACUGAGAACCAGAAUCAGGAAGGAAUCAAUUCUGAAGACCCAGGAAAAAAGAGAAAGGAAAAACAAAAACAAAAGGAGAAAUAUGAGAAAACCAAAGAGCAGAAAGGCAGAACUGACACUUCAAAACAAGAAAAGCACAAGAAAGCUCACGCAGGGCAAAAAUUAUAUUCUUGUAAAAUUUGUGAUAAAACCUUUUCUCGAAACGAUAUCUUGCUAAGACACAGAAGAAUUCACAAAGAUGAGCGGCCUUUUUCUUGUGGGACUUGUGGAAAGAGUUACAGUAAAAGAGGGACUUUAACUCAUCAUAUGAGAAUACACACAGGUGAGAAGCCUUUCUCUUGUGGGACUUGUGGAAAACGUUUCUCUCAAAAAGGUGGUUUAAAUGUUCACAUGAGAAUUCACACAGGUGAGAAGCCCUUCUCAUGUGGGACCUGUGGAAAGAGUUACAGUGAAAGAAGGCUUUUAACUCCGCACAUGAGAAUUCACACAGGUGAGAAGCCAUUCUCUUGUGGGACUUGUGGAAAAAGUUUCUCGCAGAAAGAACAACUAAAUGCUCAUAUGAAAGUACACACAGGCGAGAAGCCUUUCUCUUGUGGGACUUGUGGAAAGAGUUUCUCUCGAAAGGGCACUCUAAAUGUUCACAUGAGAAUUCACACAGGUGAGAAGCCCUUCUCAUGUGGGACCUGUGGAAAGAGUUACAGUGAAAGAAGGUUUUUAACUCCGCACAUGAGAAUUCACACAGGUGAGAGGCCUUUCACUUGCGGGAUCUGUGGAAAGAGUUACAGUGAAAGAGGGACUUUAACUCAUCAUAUGAGAAUUCACACAGGUGAGAAGCCAUUCUCUUGUGGGACUUGUGGAAAAUGUUUCUCUCAGAAAGAACAACUAAAUGCUCAUAUGAAAGUACACACAGGUGAGAAGCCUUUCUCUUGUGGGACUUGUGGAAAACGUUUCUCUCAAAAAGGUUAUUUAAAUGUUCACAUGAGAAUUCACACAGGUGAGAAGCCCUUCUCAUGUGGGACACCAAGAUAA